AUGACCAUCGACUUGCCGGGUCCUGCCUCUCACCCAUCCAAAAACAUUAAACCUUUCGCUCUUACCUACUUCCAAAACCGGUGUUCCUCGACCGCACUCAACUGGCUGAAUCUGCCGACAUCUCUCGCGUUCGCCCCUUCAAAACCUUACACAUCCGAUCUCCAAACCCAGGCACAUCCCAAUCCCCCUCAGCAGAGAAGCAAAGCGUCAGGCGUCAAAAUCGUCCAACGAUGCGGGCCCUGGUAUGCGGCAGGCAAGGGCGCAGGGUCACUUGGUUCAUCCCCCUCAUCCAUACCUACCACAUUCCCCAAUAUCGUCGUUUGUGGCUGGGUCGAGGCGUGUGGUGAUGCUGAUAUUCUGCAGGGCUCACGCAUACUCGCUGGCCAUGCCACAGGUCAAAACGGCGGUAAUGACGCCAAAAGAACCCAGAAGGAAAGAGAGCUCUCCAAAAAGACCCCAAGGAAUGGUAGCCAAAGGUCCAGCGACGACGCUAAUGCCGAGCUCAGGACGGGAGCAGCGACGAAGCGAUUGAUCCAUAAUCUCGGGCCUUCUGCAGCCCGAAGGCAGCCACGAAGCCAAAUAGUUGAAGGGGAAAACCGCUUCAAAGCCAUUGAUUGGCACGCUAUACGCCUGGACUCACUCGAGCUCGCAAGACGAUCGUUCCCCACGUUCCAGCCCCAUCACCACCAGCCAGAUCGCUUCCCCGCGGGGGAUGAGGACCCCCGUUGCAACCGCCAUCCAACUUCCCAAUCGCACUCGGCCUCGAUUCCCAAUUCGUCCAUCGCGAAAACUCUAUCUCUCUCCCUCUCAGUCCCAUGUAACCAACGCACAUGUCAGAAUGCUCUUGAUGCUGGACAAAUCUGGCCAAAUGCCUGUGUGUCUUCCUUCAGUCGCUUCGGUCGCAUCGCCUACACAAGCGCGGCUGCCUCAUCGAAGACAUGCAUAUGCCACAUCGCCUUAGCCCCCAUGGCACCGUUGGAAAACGAAGGUGUCCCAUUUUACAUCUGUCUGCCGCUUCGACCAACGUACCGAAUAGGCAACACCGUGGCCAGCGAUACCUAUUUAAUGCGGCGGCCAGAUCGUGGGCCCAUUGUUGCAUCGCGUAUCUACCGGCAUUCCAGUUUCUGCGCUGUUCUCUGCUCCGUAGCGACCAAUGGCCACAACCACGAGACACGGUCUCUUGUCGCCUUAUCUCGGCUCUUGUUUGAGAUGUUCGCCAAGAACUGUAUCGAGCUCACGAUAUUCCGCGAAACUUCGCUCGUUGCCUUGACUUUCGCCAUCCAUCUCACCAAGUUUGGCUAUUGUCCCGCAGCGGGUGGACACUCGGAGGUCCCUAGAGCCUUUGAUGCAAGAAAUCCUGCAUCAUCUCCCAACGUACAGCCACGCACCCUCUUCUUCGUUGUCUGGAGACAGCAGCAAAGCAAGAGAGACCCCAUCAUUCGAGGUUCGACAACCACCAACCUCAGCACUCCACUCCCUCGGAGGUUCACGCCGAGAGCUUGGGGGCUUGUUGAGACGCUGGGGCGUGGCUCCAUCCACUCGGACGCACUCGCAGGCUCGGCCAGGCCUCGGCCGGUCCUAACGCCAGUCGUGUGGCCCCUCCAGGGUGUGUUUGUUUCAAUAAUCCCCAUCCCCGUUCCCUGGCAGUGCAAAAUUGACAGAGUUCCUGUUCAUGACCCAUUUGUUUGGCUUCACCGCGAUGGAAAACCUGCACCGGUCGGGAUUAUGGCUCGCUCGGACCGCGUUGAGAACAUGGCGACAAUGGCUACAAUUAUUAUGACAAUCGUUCUAGUUCUUGCGAUAACACUGUCCGUUAUGCUCAAGCACUAUCUGGAGUUGUAG